CUCUUCCCCUUCACCUUUUUCUGUAUAUAUAUAUAUACAUAUCGUAACCUUUUGUUUUCCUUUUUCGUAGUCUAUCAUUUCUAAUCCUUCUUCGUCUCCAUUUCUAUUAAAGCCUCUUUCCUUUUCCUUGAAAUCUUAAAUUAACUAUUAAACCCCAUCACAUCCCCAUUCUCUUAUCGCCCUCCUUUGUUUGAUCCUACCCCUCAAAUUCAUCUCUUCAUUCAAUCCUACGACUCUAAGGAUUUGUCAGCUUUUCUCUACUGAAGGGGCUGAAGGAGUUGAAUUUGGUGAGGCCAGACAUAUGGAACCUAAUGGUUACAGAAAGGGUAACAAAAAGAAUCUUGUUACCCUAAAUGGUAAUCACAGCCCGUUGAGUAUAGAUGAGGAGCUGGACCCGUGGACAGCUUGGGCAUACAAACCUCGUACUAUUACGUUGUUGCUUAUUGGUGCAUGUUUGCUCAUCUGGGCAAGUGGAGCUCUUGAUCCACAAAGCACUUCAUCCAGUGACGUUUCUACUUCUGUGAAAAGGGGCAUUUGGGCAAUGGUUGCUGUUUAUCUUGCCUACUCUUUGCUGCAAGCCCCCUCAACGAUUCUUUAUGGAGCUUCUUUUACUCAAUUCUCAACUAGGGUACUUAUUAGACCACAUCCUGCCAUUUGGCGCCUGGUUCAUGGAAUGGCUGUCAUUUAUCUUGUUGCUUUGACAUUUUUACUUUUCCAGAGGCGCGAUGAUGCUCGUCAGUUUAUGAGAUAUCUGCACCCUGAUCUUGGUAUUGAACUUCCUGAAAGAUCUUAUGGUGGUGAUUGCAGGCUCUAUGUACCUGAAAAUCCCAUGAACAGGUUUAAGAAUGUCUAUGACACAUUAUUCGAUGAGUUUGUUCUGGCUCAUAUAUUAGGGUGGUGGGGCAAGGCCAUCAUGAUACGUAAUCAGCCUCUUUUGUGGGUCUUGUCCAUUGGGUUCGAGUUGAUGGAGCUUACUUUCCGCCACAUGUUACCAAACUUCAAUGAGUGUUGGUGGGACAGCAUUAUUCUGGAUAUAUUGAUCUGCAACUGGUUUGGCAUCUGGGCUGGAAUGCGUACUGUUCGAUAUUUUGAUGGAAGAACAUAUGAGUGGGUUGGUAUAAGCCGCCAGCCAAAUAUUAUAGGCAAGGUCAAGCGAACACUUGGGCAAUUUACUCCAGCGCAUUGGGAUAAAGAUGAAUGGCAUCCCCUCCUUGGUCCCUGGCGAUUCCUUCAAGUUCUCAGUCUCUGUGUUGUGUUCUUGACGGUAGAAUUGAAUACAUUCUUUUUAAAGUUCUGCCUUUGGGUUCCUCCCAGAAACCCCCUAAUAGUGUAUAGGUUGGUUCUGUGGUGGUUACUUGCAAUACCAACAAUUCGGGAGUAUAAUACUUACCUACAGGACAGGAAACCGGUGAAAAAGGUGGGAGCAUUUUGCUGGCUUGCACUAGCAAUCUGCAUUGUUGAACUCCUAAUCUGCGUCAAGUUUGGACAUGGAUUAUUUCCAGAUCCCAUGCCUAAUUGGCUAGUAGUUUUCUGGACAUGCACGAGCAUUGGCCUUGUGAUAUUUUUGGCUGCAUGGUCAUGUCAAUUACACCGUACAAUGAGGAAAAAGCAGCAAUGAGUUUUUGCAGUACCUCCAUUCUUUAUUCCUUUGUGCUAUUUCGGGUGUACGUUGAAAGUGUUGCCAAAUUUAAAUUUCAAUUCUAUAUUCCGAGGUACAUAUUUUCCCUCUCCUCAUUGCAUUUGGGCUUCAUUAUUCCCUUUCAAAUUGUGUCUACUUUGCAUGUAACGGUGUAGGACUCGCAAAAGUUCUUAGGUAAUCUUAACCAUGUGUAGCUGUAGAGUCUAUCUUAUAUUUUGAUUACCCCUUUCAAGGCAAAGGCGAAACUAGGAUUUGUGUUUAUGGGUUUCGCUUACUAGGUUUUGGAUAAAUUAUUUAUAUAUAAUAAAUGGUUUUUUAAACAUAAAUACAGUGUUUGGGCAGAAGUUAUUGGGUUCGGCAGAACCCAUAGAUUGAGCUGUAGCUCCGCUCCUGCUCCAAGAGCUAUUGUUCUCUCAAGGAGUAGUGAGUUUGUGACCAUGUAAGUUUCUAAGAACUGCCUUAGCCAAAAGGAAACACCGAGACUCACAAUUUUAUUUGUAUAUUAGCUGAAAGCCUUUGUUCAGAGUUAGAAGCUUAGAAUUUCCUCAAAGAAUACAAGGAAUGUAGACAUCAAAUGUACCUUCCCAUACUAAUUCGGAUCUCUUUUUGAUUCAACAAAUGAUUGGUUUGUUAGAUUCUUGUUAAACAAAGUUAUAACAAAGUAACCUUCUCUAGUCAAAUGGGGUAUAGGUCAAGAUGAUUUUUAUACGUAUUUUGCUUUGACCUCUAGCUUCUAUCUAACUUAUUUCACAUUAAUGGUUUAUUUUCAAAAUCACUUCUCUUUGGCUGCAAGUGAUAUAACUGAUAAAAUGAUUCAUAACUGAUUAGCAUCUAACGCAUGACCUUCAAAUCAUAUUUCACGUAUUUAGCUGUUUCAUCCAACUUCUCCAUUAUUCAAUAUAGCAAAAAGAAAGCACAAGUCCUGUUGCGCAGUGUUGUUAAAGGUGCGCUUAAGCCCUGAAGCGAGACUCAAAACAUGUUGAGCGCUUUGCCUCGCUUUGUGGGCGCUUCAGUGUCGCAUCAAGGCUCUAAGGCGUACUUUUCCUCGCCAAUGAGUGUAAUCUUGAAAAGGCGGCACUAAAUAAUUGAUGUUUCACUUUAUCGUAAAUUUUUCUUUAAAAUUUCUUUGUUCAUAUAUUUGUUAUUCACGCUUAUAAUUAUUGUUCUUAGACUACAUAUACAUAUUUUUAUUUUUUUCUCCAGUUGCGUCUUUUUUUAUUAAAGUUCAUGCUUUAUUUGUACUUUGCGCUUAAAGCCCCAACGGAUCUUAGAGCUUUUUUGCGCUUUUCGCCUUUGAUAACACUGCUGUAGCCUGACCUCUUAAAGAUAUAACUUCGAUGGCAACUUUGGAUAUGCUCUGAAACAAUGAAGAUUAACAGAAUAGGGAUACUAAUAGAGUGAAGACCCAUCAGAAUUCUGCAUAUUUGCUUACAGUAUUUGUAAUUUUCGUAAUGUUUGACUACCUAGAGAUGUUCAAAGAAGAGCAACAUUUUUUCCUCGGAUGUAAAUUACAUAUAUUGACAGUGUAAAAUUUUACACAAUCAA